GGCUGGAUGGAUUGGAGGCAGCGAAGAGAGAGUGAGUGAGAGAGAGAGAGAGAGAGAGAGUCGAGACCUCGACGAAGACUCGCCUCACUCCUCCGUCGCCAUCGAUCUUCUUCAGCUCCCAUUUCAGACGAGUCCCGAAGGGGGGAUCGGGUUCCGCAGCUUUGACUACUGAUCGGAUGAUGGAGGCCAGUGCUGGCAUGGUUGCGGGGUCCUACAAGCGCAACGAGCUCGUCCGGAUUCGCCACGACUCCGACAGCGCGGCAAAGUCUUCGAAGCAUUUGAAUGGGCAAUUAUGCCAGAUCUGUGGAGAUACUGUAGGACUUACAGCCAAUGGUGACAUCUUUGUUGCUUGCAAUGAGUGUGGAUUCCCAGUGUGCCGUCCUUGUUAUGAGUAUGAGCGGAAAGAUGGUAAUCAGUCUUGCCCCCAGUGCAAGAUCCGAUACAAAAGGCAGAAAGGGAGUCCUCGGGAUGGAGAUGAUGAUGAGGAUGAUGUUGAUGACCUAGAGAACGAGUUUAAUUAUAGCAAAGGGAAUAGUGCUGCUAGGCGCCAGUGGCGAGGAGAUGAUCCUGAUCUUUCUUCUUCCUCUAGACAUGAAUCUCAACAUCCAAUCCCUCUUCUCACCAAUGGUCAGCUGGUGUCUGGUGAAAUUCCUUGUGCUACACCUGGCACUCAAUCAGUGAGGACGACAUCAGGACCAUUGGGCCCAUCGGAUAAGCACGUCCAUUCACUUCCUUAUGUUGACCCCAAGCAACCAGUUCCGGUACGGAUUGUUGAUCCUUCAAAGGACUUGAACUCUUAUGGACUUGGAAAUGUUGACUGGAAAGAGAGGGUUGAAGGUUGGAAACUCAAGCAGGAUAAAAAUAUCAUGCAUAUGGUCAACCGGUACCCUGAAGGAAAAGGAGACAUAGAGGGCACUGGUUCGAAUGGAGAAGAGCUCCAAAUGGCUGAUGAUGCUAGUCAACCUCUCAGUCGGGUGGUCCCCAUACCAUCAUCGCACCUCACUCCCUAUCGCGUUAUCAUUAUCCUUCGGCUUAUCAUUUUGGGAUUUUUCUUGCAAUAUCGUGCAACACAUCCAGUGAAAGAUGCUUAUCCUUUGUGGUUGACAUCAGUUAUCUGUGAGAUUUGGUUUGCCUUAUCCUGGCUCUUGGAUCAGUUCCCGAAGUGGUCGCCUAUCAAUCGUGAGACUUACCUUGACAGGCUAGCAUUAAGAUAUGAUCGUGGAGGUGAACCUUCACAAUUGGCUCCUGUUGAUGUCUUUGUUAGUACUGUAGAUCCACUCAAAGAGCCUCCUCCUAUAACGGCAAACACAGUCUUGUCCAUUCUGGCCGUGGAUUAUCCUGUCGAUAAAGUAUCGUGCUAUGUCUCAGAUGAUGGAUCUGCAAUGUUGACAUUUGAAGCACUUUCUGAGAUUGCAGAAUUUGCUAGGAAGUGGGUGCCCUUCUGCAAGAAGCACAACAUAGAGCCUAGGGCACCUGAGUUUUAUUUUGCCCAAAAAAUAGAUUACUUGAAAGACAAGAUACAGCCUUCUUUCGUGAAAGAGCGAAGGGCUAUGAAGAGGGAAUAUGACGAAUUUAAGGUACACAUAAAUGCUUUGGUUGCUAAAGCUCAAAAAGUGCCAGAAGAAGGAUGGACGAUGCAGGAUGGCACUCCCUGGCCGGAUGAUCCAGGAAUGAUCCAGGUUUUCUUGGGGCACAGUGGGGGACUUGACACCGAAGGAAACGAGCUACCUCGUCUUGUUUAUGUUUCUCGUGAAAAGCGCCCUGGUUUCCAGCAUCACAAGAAAGCAGGAGCAAUGAAUGCCUUGAUCCGUGUUUCUGCUGUCCUAACAAAUGGAGCAUAUCUCCUCAAUGUUGAUUGCGAUCACUACUUCAACAACAGCAAAGCUCUUAAAGAAGCCAUGUGUUUCAUGAUGAAUCCUGUUCUUGGAAAGAAGACAUGCUAUGUCCAGUUCCCUCAGCGUUUUGAUGGCAUUGACUUGCACGAUCGAUAUGCAAAUCGCAACAUUGUCUUCUUUGAUAUCAACUUGAAGGGGCUUGAUGGCAUUCAAGGUCCUGUCUAUGUGGGUACUGGAUGUUGUUUUAACAGGCAAGCUUUAUAUGGGUAUGAUCCAGUACUGACCGAGGCAGAUCUUGAACCAAAUAUUAUUGUUAAAAGCUGCUGUGGCUCGAGGAAGAAAGGAAAAGGCAGCAACAAGAAAUACAUUGAUAAGAAGAGAGCUAUGAGAAGAACUGAAUCCUCCAUUCCCAUUUUCAAUGCAGAUGACUUAGAGGAUGGUAUGGAAGGGUAUGAUGAGGAGAGGCAACUUCUAAUGUCUCAGAAGAGCUUAGAGAAGCGGUUUGGUCAAUCCCCCGUCUUCAUUGCUGCAACCUUCCAGGAACAAGGGGGCAUUCCACCGACUACGAAUCCUGCAAAUCUUUUGAAAGAAGCAAUCCAUGUCAUUAGCUGUGGCUAUGAGGACAAGACAGAAUGGGGCAAAGAGAUUGGGUGGAUUUAUGGUUCGGUCACAGAAGAUAUUUUAACUGGAUUUAAAAUGCAUGCUCGUGGAUGGAUCUCAAUCUAUUGCAUGCCACCCCGCCCAGCAUUCAAAGGUUCUGCUCCUAUCAACCUUUCAGAUCGGUUGAACCAGGUGCUUCGGUGGGCUUUGGGUUCAAUUGAGAUUUUGCUGAGUCGGCAUUGUCCUAUAUGGUAUGGCUACAAUGGGAGUUUAAAGUUGUUAGAGAGGAUUGCCUACAUCAAUACCAUCGUGUACCCUCUCACAUUGAUCCCACUCAUUGCUUAUUGUAUGCUUCCUGCAUUUUGCCUUCUCACUGGGAAAUUUAUUAUUCCAGAAAUAAGCAACUUUGCGAGUAUGUGGUUCAUCCUUCUCUUCGUGUCUAUUUUUGCAACGGGCAUCCUCGAGCUCCGAUGGAGCGGAGUUAGCAUCGAGGACUGGUGGAGGAACGAGCAGUUCUGGGUCAUCGGUGGCACCUCUGCUCACCUAUUCGCAGUCUUCCAGGGUCUCCUCAAGGUCCUCGCUGGGAUUGACACGAACUUCACUGUCACAUCAAAGGCUUCUGACGAUGAUGGGGACUUUGCCGAGCUGUACAUCUUCAAGUGGACAUCGCUGCUCAUUCCCCCCACGACUGUACUCAUAGUCAACCUUGUGGGGAUUGUAGCUGGGGUCUCGUACGCGAUCAACAGCAGGUACCAGUCAUGGGGCCCGCUCUUCGGCAAACUCUUUUUCGCCAUUUGGGUGAUUGCACAUCUCUACCCAUUCCUCAAGGGUCUCCUGGGGAGGCAGAACCGGACACCCACAAUAGUCAUCGUGUGGUCCAUACUGCUUGCCUCUAUCUUCUCUCUCCUGUGGGUCAGGAUCGACCCCUUCACAUCAGACGCCACUAAGGCUGCUUCCAGGGGCCAGUGUGGGAUCAACUGCUAG